AUGACCAAGAUCGCUAUCAUCUACUACAGUAUGUACGGCCACGUUGCUGGCUUUGCUGAAUCCGUCAAGAAGGGAAUUGAAGCUUCUGGAGCUACAUGUGACAUCUAUCAAGUCGCCGAGACUUUGCCCGAAGAGGUCCUUGGAAAGAUGGGUGCCCCACCCAAGAAAGACCACCCUGUCAUGACUCCUGAAAAGAUGUCUGAAUACGAUGGAUUCAUGUUCGGAAUUUCUGGUCGUUUCGGAUCUGUUCCAGCCCAAAUGAAGGCUUUCAUGGACUCCACCGGAGGACUAUGGCAAUCGGGAGGCCUUGUCGGAAAGGCUGCCGGUACCUUUGUCUCUACUGGUACUCAAGCUGGUGGACAAGAGAACUGCCAAGUCUCCAUGAUCAGUUUCUUUGCCCAUCAAGGUAUGGUAUUUGUCCCUCUUGGAUAUGUUGACCCCAAGGUCUUCACCAACGACGAGGCCCAUGGAGCUUCUGCUUACGGAUCUGGUACCCUUGCGUCCUCUGAUGGCAGCAGAAUGCCUUCCGAAUUGGAGCUUGCCGUCGGUGAGACUCACGGAAAGCACUUUGGAGGAAUCACCGCCAAGCUUGCUGCCUAA